AUGUACACCCAUCCAAGACCAAGAACUAACUUUAUGCCUCCCAUCAACACCAUGUCUUCAUCCUAUAAGAACCGUUUUCCUUACCAGAACCCCUUUCCUCAGAGCUACAACCUCCCCUGGAUGCCCAGAGCCUACUAUAAGACAGCUGAUGCCAAGCCAACUUUGGCUCCCUUUUCCAGAAAUUCCGAGGGGUUAACUUCCAGCACGAUGCCUCCUUUAGUUUCCAACAGAAAAACCCUCUUUACCCGGUACACGCCUGAUGACUGGUACAAGUCCAACCUGACCACCUACAUGGAGGCAGAGACUUCCCGGCACAAUGCGGAGCUUCUGAGAAACGAUACCUCCCGCCUGAUUCAGGAUAAACAUCAGCAGACAAGCAAAACACAAACAGAAAGCACCAGAAACCUGGGAAAACGUGUCAGUGAUAUUGAAUUCUGGAAAUCAGAGCUCUGCCGUGAGCGGAAUGAGAUGAUUGGGGAGACCAAUGCACUC